AUGACCUGUCAUAUGUCCCCCAAUUCAAUUGGACAAGUUUUAUUUUACCCCACCAUGUCUAAUGCCCAAGCCACCAAACUCUAUGAAUACGUCAUAGAGGAAGUCAUUAGUGGAUCAAGAGAAGAUUUUGAAAAUAGUGGUAUUGAUGAAUCUACUCUUCAGGAGUUAAGAAGAAUCUGGUGUGAUAAAUUAAGCCAAUCAAAAGUAGCAAAGUUUGGGUGGGAAGAUGAGGAACAACACCCGAACACCAAUAUAAAUGCCAUAACUUCAAAUACCACCAAUCAUAAUACCAGUAUUAAUAAUAAUAAUAAUAAUGAUAACAACAACAAUAAUAAUAUUAAUAACAAUAACGAUUUAUUGGGAGGGCCUGAAUUAUCCUAUGCUACUAACAAUGAUGUUGCACCCGAAUUGACAGAAGAAGCAUCAGACAAUGGUCUUCAGAUCCCGACUAUUAUUCCAUCAGUAGACACCACUGGGGGAUUAAUGCUUCCCAACUUAUCUCAAACAGAUGGUACGUUUGAAUUCACCAUUGAAACCGAUCAGGCCAGUGAUUUGUGGAAGGGUUUGAAGAAACACACUAUUGCCGAAAAGAAACAAUUACUACUGAAGAGAAUAAAGCAGAACGAUGGACCGGAUGACGAUGAUGACGACGAAGACGAUUCAGAUAUAUUUAACGAUUCGGACGACAUAAACUCUGAUUUAGAUGAAGGUUUAGAAAGUGAAAAGAGUGACGAUGAAGAUGCAGACCAAGAGGGUCAAAUCAUGCUUUGUUUGUACGACAAGGUUCAAAGAGUCAAAAACAAGUGGAAGUCCAAUUUGAAAGAAGGUGUUGCUAAUAUCAAUGGUAAGGAUUACGUGUUUCAGAAAGCUACUGGUGAGUGUGAAUGGUAA